AUGUUAGAGCAGUUGCUGAUAUUUACCAGGGGAGGGUUAAUCCUCUGGACAUGUAAAGAGCUUGGGAAUGCUCUUAAAGGGUCACCAAUUGACACCUUGAUCCGGUCCUGUCUGUUGGAGGAGCGCUCUGGUGCAGCAUCAUAUAACUAUGACGCUCCUGGUGCUUCUUACACCCUCAAAUGGACCUUCCAUAAUGAGCUUGGCCUUGUUUUUGUUGCUGUCUAUCAGCGUAUUCUCCAUCUUUUGUAUGUGGAAGAUCUUCUUGCAAUGGUGAGGCGUGAGUUUUCGGAGAUUUAUGAUCCAAAGAGGACAAUGUAUAAUGAUUUUGAUGAAACUUUUAGGCAGCUUAGGAGGGAGGCAGAAGCUAGGGCUGAGGAGUUUAAGAAAUCAAAACAGACGGCUAAACCUGUGAAUAACAAUAAGAAGCAAGGGCAGGUGCAAAAAGCUGGUUUUGAUAAAGGAAGUAAGAAGAGUGAGGGUGGCUUGGCUGCUGAUGGUGGGGAUGGUGAUAAAGUGAAAGGUCGUAAAUUGGAGAAUGGACACUCCAAUGGUAAUCAUGUUGAGAUUGAAGAACCUAGGAUGACAGGUGUUGUUAAUGGUAAAGAAAAUACUAGCUCCAAUAUUAGUGCUUUCGAUGUAAGUAAGCUUCAGAAAAGAACUAAAGGUGGAAAGAAAACUGAUACUGUUGUUAACAAGGGUACCAAGGUGGACCCUAAGAAAAAAGUAGCAAAGAAGAAUAGAGUUUGGGAUGAUGCACCUCCAGAGACAAAAUUGGACUUUACUGAUCCAGUGGAUGGAAAUGGAAAUGAGAAUAUAGAGGUUGUUGCAGCUGAUCAAGGUGAAAGUAUGAUGGACAUUGAAGAGAUUAUCAGCAGUGAUAGUGAAAGUGAAGAAGAUGACAAUGUGGGGAAGGAUAGCAAGCCUGAAGCAAAGAAAAAGGGUUGGUUUUCCUCCAUGUUCCAGAGUAUUGCUGGAAAGGCAAAUUUGGAGAAGGCAGACCUAGAACCAGCUUUGAAGGCUCUCAAGGAUAGGCUCAUGACAAAGAAUGUGGCUGAGGAGAUAGCGGAGAAGCUUUGUGAAUCAGUAGCUGCAAGUCUUGAAGGAAAAAAGCUGGCCUCAUUCACAAGGAUCUCUUCAACAGUGCAGGCUGCAAUGGAAGAAGCUCUUGUUCGUAUUUUAACUCCUAGGCGCUCCAUUGACAUACUGAGGGAUGUGCAUGCUGCCAAAGAACAGAGGAAGCCAUAUGUUGUUGUCUUUGUUGGUGUUAAUGGAGUUGGGAAGUCAACAAAUCUAGCCAAGGUCGCUUACUGGCUUCUGCAGCACAAUGUUAGUGUUAUGAUGGCUGCUUGUGAUACAUUCCGGUCUGGAGCUGUUGAGCAGCUGCGAACUCAUGCACGUAGACUUCAGAUUCCUAUAUUUGAGAAAGGGUACGAGAAAGAUCCCGCAAUUGUAGCAAAGGAAGCAAUUCAGGAGGCCACUCGUAAUGGUUCAGAUGUUGUUCUUGUUGAUACAGCUGGGCGGAUGCAGGAUAAUGAACCAUUAAUGAGAGCUCUCUCGAAGCUUAUAUACCUCAACAAUCCAGAUCUUGUCUUAUUUGUUGGAGAGGCACUAGUUGGGAAUGAUGCUGUUGACCAGUUGUCAAAAUUCAACCAGAAAUUGGCUGACCUCUCUACUUCUCCUACGCCAAGAUUGAUAGAUGGGAUUUUGCUCACUAAGUUUGACACUAUUGAUGACAAGGUUGGAGCAGCGUUGUCAAUGGUCUACAUCUCGGGAGCACCGGUCAUGUUUGUUGGCUGUGGCCAGUCAUAUACUGACCUGAAGAAACUAAAUGUCAAAUCAAUAGUCAAGACCCUGCUGAAAUGAGUGACUGCUUGAUAUAAAUCCUCAAUUUCAUUUGCAAUGCUCGAACUUCGAAUACUGUUUCUCUGGCUGUGACUUUGUGUUACGUUAAUGGAGGUGCAUCACUCCCUUGCGGCUGUACAUUUAUUUAUGUAGAUCUUGAAUUUGUCUGAGUUUGGUAGCCUUUUCUAUCUUCUUCUCAUGUCUGCUGAAAGAUUAGUAUUACAGUGAGAACUGUUUGUGAAUCUGCCCGUUCUGCCCCCCACACCCUGUCAAGGAUUGAAAGCCUUUUUCUUCA